AUGACCAUCGAAGGUGGUGGAAGCUUAGGCGGAAAAAGUGCUGACAUCUUCAAUUUAAAAUUAAUUCAUUUGCCAGAAGCACUUCUCGGCGGUAUGAGUUUUAAUCCAAAAAUAUUGAAACAGUUAAUAGUCAAAAGCAUGCCUUACUCAUUAGAGUGCUAUAAAUCUCGUGAACACAAGUUGGAACUUCUUAAUGAAGCCAUCAAAACAGGCGACGGCAAUGCAAUACUAACAAUUGUUCUCUUUCUUGAAAGAACAAUGAAGAAAAGUUUGUUCAAUUUAGAGAUAGGCAGAAGACCAAUGGCACUGGACCACUACAUACACCAUCUGCUUGGAGAAGAACCCAGCAAUAACAUGUUUGAUGUUUUAAAAUUUUUUUCCAGAUCAGAUAACGCCGCAAUGUUAAAGUUCAAGUUAGCGACGAAAGACUCAAAUGCAUCGUCCAAAGUGGCCAGCCUGAAGAAAUGUCUAGAGUCCCACUUUCAUAAAGAGGAAACCUUGCAGCAGGAAGCUUACGUUGUACAACAAUAUAUCGAUUUGAUUGAGUUGCAGUGCGCUAUACAAGAAAACUAUAGAAAUGAGAAAAAUAUUUCCAAUCCAGUAACACCAAAAAUUUCAGAUGGUUUUGUCGGUAGUGCAACCAUGUCAACAUUAUCUUAUUCCUGCCUUUAUCAUUAUGACAAACCCGAGAAUUUUUUCGUCAGUCCAUUAUCGAUAAAAAAAUCCCAAAAGUUGACGGACAAACAGUAUCUAUGGAAAGCAAUGAUUGCAUUAAUCAUCCAAAAACGAUGGAAUGAUCUUGAGAGCCUUUUCAAGACGAAGACGUGGAUGGGUGGGAUCAAGAUGAGGUCACCUGUGAGUUUUGAUAGGAUCGUUUCAUUGCUGCAUCACAUGAACGCGCCCAAAGAGAUUAAAGAAAAGUAUUGCUUGUUAGUGGAGGAUUUGGAUCAACGCAUUCAAAUAGCGUCCAAGUGCUCUUGCCAUGAAAUUGUUCUUAAAACGUAUAAAGAUCAGCUGAACAGAUGCCAGAUCGAAGAAUACAUGACCUUGCUUAAAAACAACACACCAGAAUAUUUUUUUGCCAAUGAACUGCUCAACGAUACGUCUAUAAAGUGGAAGAAGUAAUUUUUCAAUCAACUUUUUGAUGUUGUUCAAGUCGACCGUUCUGUUCGUCUUUCCUUCUGCAACAUCUCUGUAUUGUAUAUUAGACUCAAAAAUUGAUCAAUAUAUAUUCAAGAACUAUUUUAAUUUUGCAUUACAAAUACGUGUGUGUGUGUGUGUGUGUGUGUGUGUGUGUGUGUGUGUGUGUGUGUGUGUGUGUGUGUGUGUGUGUGUGUGUGUGAGUGUGUGAAUGGAGUGUGUGUUAGAUGUAAUAUAGUGUAGUGUAGGAUUAUUUAUUUAUGAGUUAAUUUAUUUUUGGAAAGUUUUAUGACUGUUUGGAUUCUCUUGUUAAGAAAAAGUGUGAUUCGUU